GAUACACAGAGUGGCCAGAGGGAGAGAUAGAGAAGAGGAGGCCAGUGUGUCUCUCCCGCUUUAUCCAUUAACCAGUUUCGAGGCAGAGAGGAGUGACUCAAAUUAGGCUGUUCAGGAAGAUUCUAGGUCAGUGGACAGGGGGGUGAAAGAGGAAGAGAUAUAGUAAAAAAAAAAGACUAACCAGAAAAUCAAACAAAAGCUUUAUAGGGAAAGGCUGCAGCCACUCAGGCUUAAGUGGGAAAAUCCAAAGUGAGAGAGCGGGAUGGUGUGAGUGGAUAAAUGAGGCAUUUUUUGGGAAAGUACCAUAGGAACUCAAAAGGAAGGAAUGUAUAAAGGAUGUCAACAAGAAGACUGAACAUCAAGCUGUGAAGGGGAAGACACAGCAGCGCACUCUGUGUCAAAGACCUCAAGAAAAAACCACAGAAGAGGAAACUUUGCCUUUCACAGACUGACACAGAAACCUCAUGUCUGUGUGUGUGUGAUUGCCGUCAACAAGAGAAAUGGAGAAGUGCCCAUUUUUAGAAAGAUAAAAAGGAUGUCACUGCCAGUGUUGCUGUUGCUAUCACUCUUGACUGUCCAAUGUGGUGGAUGUGACUUUGACUUGGGAGGUGUGAGAAACAUUAAAACAACUAUCGACUCUAACCCAACUGGAUUUCGGACAGUAUUUCCUAAAGAUUACUAUGUAGUGCACCACUACACAAAAAGCAUGCUCUGUGACUCUGAUCCGUGCUGUGUGUUCCCUGCUGCAGUAGUCCUCCUGGACUCCUGGCACGUGCUUCUCAGAAAUCUCUGGGAUGAGCACUUAAAUCACUCCCUAAUCAUUGAGCUGAAGCAGACACUGGAUAAAAUAAUCAAAAAGAACAAAAACACAGAGAGGUUCCAGGAGGAGACAGACCUGGCUCAAUUUGCAGAAUUAUCUUCCUCCCCCGAGGAACUCCUCAAGCUAACAUCAGAGCUUUUCACCCGGUGGCUUGACGUCGGAUGCUCACCCUCCAUUGAAACAUGCACCCUGCCCACUUUGCCCCCCUCUGUUGAGAGAAAGGACUACGGUCCAUCGAGGGCCAGACUCUUGACCACCCGAGCUAUCAGCAGUGUGGAGGAAGGACAGUCUGACAUGAUGAAAGACAUAACACAGCCGCCGUGCAGCUGCAGUCCACGAUCCCUGUCCUAUUCUCUCUGGAGCCCCCUGCUAUUCAGACUCUACUGGUGGUUGCUCUCAUAGUCACUCAAAUGGAUCUUUUUGAUGAUGCACACAAAAUGCAAGACAUUUCCUGGCACUGAAUGAUUGUUUCUGAUGUUUGUCUUUGUGUUGUUAUGCAGUAAGCUUUCUUAAUAUGAAGUGAUAUGCACAGGUUGCAUUUAAUGUCCAAAGUUAGUUCAGAUAGCUAUGUUCACUGUCCAACAGUGCCCUGUAACAACUGAUAUCACAGAUAUAUAUAUAUAGCCUUCCUCUUUAGAGCAAGCCACAAGCUCCAGCUAGUUAUGCUUGUCAUGCUAACAAGAGAUGCUGAGCAAGCCAAUGCACAUAAGCCAUCGUCUUUUUGAUGUGGAAUUCAUCACUGUUUACAAUGAAUGUUAUGUUAAUGUAAGAUAUUACUGUUUAUAGACGUUUACUUUUGUAUAUAAUUGUAAAUUAAAGCCAUUUAGAUAUAUUUUGUGCAAUUAUUAUCCAGGAUAUAAUAUCUCAAAUGUAAGCUGCUUUUUCCUCUGGAGUCAGUUCUUUCCUGUCUACUUUUCAGAGAUUCACAUUUGUGUACAUUCUGUGAAAAGAGAUUAUAUUUUGUUUAUGAUCUUGCAUUCCAGCAACAGGACACAGAGAGUCCACGUUCAUAUGAGCUCAUCCAUUACUGCUGUGCUCUAGUUGUUUCCAACAUACAAACAUUUGAGCAGCUAUUUUGCAACUGAUAACAACUGAGAGACGAAUUGCAGAUGAGUGAGGAAUGCACUCCAGAUCAAACGAGGCUCAGAAGAUGUUGUGAAUCCUGUCAGGAUCAACAUGAGAAAUAAAGAGAAUCAUUUAGUGCUCGCACUUGCCCCUGCUUGUACACACCCACGCCUAUAAUGUGCACUAUUGUCCUUGAAGGACCCUCCUUGUACUUUCACAAUCUUUCGAAUGCAGAGGUAUGUUGCUGUGGCCACUAUGGGAAACGAUUUUUGGCUUGCACCUCAAGUUUUUCUUUGACCCUUUUCCCACCAACUUAUAUCAUAAUUUGGAAGGAUGAAUCAAACGUAACACAGCAUGAAUGCAAAUGACAAAUAAUUAGAUCAUGCUGCUGCUACAAAAACUAAAACUUGGAAAGGUUUGAGGACAAACAAUUGAAUCUCUAUUUAGAUGUCUUAUUUUUACUGAAACCACAAAGCCACUCUUCAUCCCCAGUGCCAUUUACGGGAAAAUAAUUCAAUAUCUAAGCUGUCAGUCUACAUCCAGCAGUGAGGCUACUGCCAAAUCUAUGUUUCCCAUCAGUAGUACACAGGCUGCUGACCUCUGUGAUUGUACCAGGCUGUGCAGCA